UUCGGCUGGGCUGGUUCCGGGUUGAGAGGCUGCUCUGGACCGAAGCGGUGGCCGCUGAGCUGGUGCGGGUAAGGGGCCGCGCGGGGCUGGGAUCUGCGGCCAGGGUCGGGCAGCUGAGCGGGCCGGCACCCCUCCUCUGCUCUGCCGGGCAAAGCCGCGGUGCGGCUCGGUCCGGCUGCUCUGUCCCGCAGAAUUCCCCAUCCCCAGCUCGCCCCGUUCCCAAAGCUGUCCGGGUCCCGGGAUUCCAGCCCCACUGUGGCCUCCGCCCCCCUUCGGGAUCUCCUCCUCGCAGCAUCUAUCCCUUGAGACUGUCUGGUCCUUUAGACCCGCCUCGCCUGGAGCCCCUUCCCUGGGACGCCCUCGGCCUCUCUCCUCCAGCGCCUAUCUCUGGUGGCCAUCCAGUACCUCGAAACCGAGCUCCAGGGCUCGCAUCCCGCGUGGCCCCCACUCGGCACCGAGCCCUCGCGCCCCCCGCGUCACAGACAGUUCCCCCCGCUCUCCCGGGCGCCUGUCGCCGGUGCCUCCCUUGGCUUGGCCCCCGGGUGACGCCCCCGAUCGCGCCGCGCCGGCCGCCGGCCUCCCCGGCUCCGCUCCGUACCGCCCCCGGCGCCAUGGCGUGCAGCCUCAAGGACGAGCUGCUGUGCUCCAUCUGCCUGAGCAUCUACCAGGACCCGGUGAGCCUGGGCUGCGAGCACUACUUCUGCCGCCGCUGCAUCACCGAGCACUGGGUGCGGCAAGAGGCGCAAGGCUCCCGCGACUGCCCGGAGUGCCGGCGCACGUUCGCCGAGCCCGCGCUCGCGCCCAGCCUCAAGCUGGCCAACAUCGUGGAGCGCUACAGCGCCUUCCCGCUGGACGCCAUCCUCAAUGCGCGCCGGGCCGCGCGACCCUGCCAGGCGCACGACAAGGUCAAGCUCUUCUGCCUCACGGACCGCGCGCUGCUCUGCUUCUUCUGUGACGAGCCCGCGCUGCACGAGCAGCACCAGGUCACCGGCAUCGACGAUGCCUUCGAGGAGUUGCAGAGAGAACUGAAGGAGCAGCUCCAGGCCCUUCAGGACAGCGAGCGUGAGCACACGGAGGCCCUGCAGCUACUCAAGCGACAGCUGGCAGAGACCAAGUCCUCUACCAAGAGCCUGCGGACCACCAUCGGGGAGGCCUUCGAGCGGCUGCACCGGCUGCUGCGCGAGCGGCAGAAGGCCAUGCUGGAGGAGCUGGAGGCUGACACCGCGCGCACGCUGACGGACAUUGAGCAGAAGGUCCAGCGCUACAGCCAGCAGCUGCGCAAGGUGCAGGAGGGGGCCCAGAUCCUGCAGGAGCGCCUGGCUGAGACUGACCGCCACACCUUCCUUGCCGGAGUGGCCUCCCUGUCUGAGAGGCUCAAGGGGAAGACCCAUGAGACCAACCUGACAUACGAAGACUUCCCAACCUCCAAGUACACGGGCCCCCUGCAGUACACCAUCUGGAAGUCUCUUUUCCAGGACAUCCACCCAGUGCCAGCUGCCCUGACCCUGGACCCAGGCACUGCCCACCAGCGUCUGAUCCUGUCCGAUGACUGUACCAUCGUGGCCUACGGGAACCUGCACCCACAGCCCCUGCAGGACUCGCCGAAGCGCUUUGACGUGGAGGUGUCGGUGCUGGGCUCUGAAGCCUUCAGCAGCGGCGUCCACUACUGGGAGGUGGUGGUGGCGGAGAAGACCCAGUGGGUGAUUGGGCUGGCCCAUGAGGCUGCCAGCCGCAAGGGCAGUAUCCAGAUCCAGCCCAGCCGCGGCUUCUAUUGCAUCGUCAUGCACGACGGCAACCAGUAUAGCGCGUGCACAGAACCCUGGACGAGGCUCAACGUCCGCGACAAGCUUGACAAAGUGGGUGUCUUCCUGGACUAUGACCAGGGCCUCCUCAUCUUCUACAACGCCGAUGACAUGUCCUGGCUCUACACCUUCCGAGAGAAAUUCCCCGGCAAGCUCUGCUCCUACUUCAGCCCUGGUCAGAGCCAUGCCAAUGGCAAAAACGUCCAGCCACUGCGGAUCAAUACUGUCCGCAUCUAGUCGAGGCAGAGGAAGACCAAAGCCUCCUGGGGCUGUGACCACCAGCAAGAGCCUUGCCCAGCUGACAGGGCGCUUGGACCCUUCAGGCCCACCGUGGCCACCCUGACACCUCAGGCCAGUUGUUUAUCUAUUCCCCCCCCAGCCUCCUGUGCCCUGCCUGUGAGCUGGAGAUUGUACUCCAUGGUUAAUGUCCUGUAGCUCUGGUCAUAAUGAGAUGUGACAUGGCUUCUCCCCAGGGCAGCCCCUGCCCAAGCUCCUCAUCCCUAUUGUCCCAGGGACACAGAAUCUGUCCUCUGUCUCCCUCUUUCUGCCCAGCUAACCUUAGCCUCAUGACACAUCAGAUGGGAUUAGUAGCUAGCAGCCCAAAAGAUACCCAGAAUCCUCCUUUGCUUGUGGCCUAAGGUUUGACUCACCCAUGACCAAGGGAGCAAUGGGCCACUUUAGUCUUGACCCGAGUCCUCAGGGGACCCAGGCAGAAGCUGCUUCUAAGGUUACCUGAGGGUCACCCUCUGCUGCCACCCCUGCACCAAGCCGAGAGCUGUAGGUUUCUUCCUUUCUCUCUAAUCUACAAGUCAAAAGUGAUGCUAUGGCCUGUGACAGGCAGCCCACAGGGUACACAUGCCGCUGCCUUCCAGCCCAUGGAUUCUGGGGGCAA